AUGUCCAAUUCUUCGCUCAGUUCGGUCUGGCAAUGCAUGAACUACACCUCUGCAAACGGGAGGGGGGCGCCCAUGUCAUCUGCCCUGAACGUCAUGAUGUGCACACUUGUUCUGGGCACGAUACAGAGUACGUUCAUCUUUGCGACAGAUACGUGGCUUCACGUCACGACGGAGACAGUUCCCCUGACUGAGUUCCACACAACGUCGCCCAAAAACGCUACCUUUGGCAUACCCUCAGCCUGCUUCACUAUUGCAGACGAGACGCCCGAUAGAUGCAAUGAUUUUCUGAUGGAUAAAUUAUAUAAAAACGACAGAAACCACAUCACCCAAGAGAUCUUCUCCAACAUCUCCGAAAGGGCAAUUGUUCAGACCCACGAUGAAGGCGGACAUAGAUAUGCCUAUGUUGCCUCUCCGGCGUAUCGUUACCAGACCGACACCGACUACGUAGCCACGACGUUUGCAGUCAAGACGAACUGUACCCCUGCAACAUCCAGAUGCUUCAAGGAUCGAGACCUUUCCAACGUGACCUCGUUCAAAUGCGACUUUGCCAUGGACGGAACCAUCGACGGGGCGACGACCUUGUUCAACUUGACCGAGUUCACGGACUCGACACUCUCCGCCAAUCAGAAUGACACCUUUUCCAACAUGAACUCAAACCCGCAUAAUUUUGCAGCCAUUUUGAAUAUAGGCUUCGGCUUCGCCCCGUCAAAUUACCCUGACGACGACGAGGUUUACAGCGGCCCAGACCAAGCGACCAUCAUCGUCAUGUUAUGCGAGAGCACCGCACCCGACGCCGAGUAUGGCUCGACCAAUGGCUCCGUGACGCAUUUCUCGACGGUACCCAGCAACUUCUCCUCGACCAAUGUCAUCGCCGGGACACUGAGGUUCAGUCCGACGAUGAACUAUUUCCUCACGCAAAAUACCCUUAUCGACCUCUGGGGAAGCAAGACUGCACAGCAACUGAGUGACAAGUUUUCCUCUACAUACAGCCAAUCCAUUCUGGCGUCAGCCGGCGCAGCCCUUGAGCCCCGACCUGCAGAGGUAGCCCAACGGCGAUCCUCGAUCCUCGUGGCUGCUGUGCCAGUGGCCCCGCUCGUUUGUCUGCUUGUCGCCAACGUGCUGGUCGUGCUGCUGGCGGUUGUUCUCACGGUGGGAGCCCUGAUGGAGGUGGCAAAGUCUGAUCAAGUGGGGGAUGUACAGACGACACUGAGCAUCGAAGCCCUCGUGGCGGCGCAUUUUGAGACGCGCGGAAAGAAGCCGGGCGUGAGGAAGACGGAAGACCUGUUUGCGGAAUACCAAGGCGGCGGUGGGCCGCGAGUCAAGGUAGAGAAAACGAGCGAGGAGGGCUGGAAGCUGGUUAGUUGCGAUUCAUGA